CCUGCAGUGUAUAAAAGCCUCUGUGCUGAAGCUGCUGCUCUGCAGAGGAAAACUAAAGGAUCCAGAGGAACCAGAGAAGCGUUUGUCAUUUUCUAGCUGCCCAGAAAAUCCAUAUUUAUCCAGUAACCAUGGCUAGAAACCUGCUAAAGAAUCCCAGUGGAAAUGAGCAGCUGGAAUCCUGGGAGCUGACAGAAAACGGUGGGAACCAGUGGAAAGUGGAGGACAUGCCAGGAGACUGUGGCCAUGACUUCUGCAAUGAAGAAGUGACCAAAUAUUUUGCGACUUCCUUUGAGCUUUGCCUAAAACGGCAGGUGAUCGACCUGAUAGAGGAGGGUUACAACCCAGAGCAGCUGGACGCUCAGCCUCCUGUCACCGUGAAAGACUGGUUCUGCGGCAGGACCGACUGCGGCUGCACCUAUCAGAUGACAUCCUGUCUGCUGGAUGAGAAUCAAGAGGUUCUGCAGGAAUAUAUUCAUGAUCCGGAGACUCUGGACCCCGAGGCAGACUGCUCAUGGAGACAGGUCAUUCAUACGUUUUCUGACUACGGCCCUGGAAUGCGUUUCAUCUCAUUCGAACAUGGAGGAUGUGACACCAGCUACUGGGAAGGCUGGUUUGGAGUUCGGGUCACUGGGAGCUCUGUGACGGUUGAAGUCUGAACCAGAGGAGAAACAAGAUGAGGAGAAUGGAAACAAAUAUAGCCAAGAAUACAAUAUUAAAUUAUUCAUCUUAGUUUAUUUUAAAUAUCAUAGCCAUUGCAGUAUUUCCAAAGCAGCUGUUUGAAAUCUUGAGGUUUAACCUGGUGCUGCUUUUGGUUCAAGAAACUAAUGUUCACACAAAAUAGGCACCUUCACUUUACUAACCUUUAUAUAUUCAACCCACAGCUUGCUGGACUAACUUUAAACUAGCCUCUAACUUCUCUUUGCACUAAUCAGCAACCCUUCAAAUAUUAAUCACAGUAAUAAAAUAAACUAUUGCAUGCAAUCCAGAAUGUG